UUAGCUUAUCGGUAUAUUCAUUUUUGUGGGAAAAGAAUGUCAAGGAAAUGUUGACUGAAAUCAUAACAGGCGUGAUCAGAGAUGGCACCGGGAGGCAAACGCGCGCGCAGGGAGGACACGGUUCUCGAGCUGGCCUGCGAGUGGGGCUCGUGCCAGGAGGCGUUCGAUAACAUGCAGGAGUUCUGCCAGCACGUGGAGAAGCAUCACAGAGCGACGACCGCGGAGAACGAGAAUCCAGACGUUCCAGAGGAGGAGCACAGCUGUCUGUGGAGAGACUGUGGUUUCUGUUCGGUGGAAGGAACGGUGGAGUUACUGAGGCACAUGCUCUUCCACUGUUACCACACGAAACUCAAACAGUGGGGUCUCUCCGUGCUUAAAGCGCACCCGGACAUGGACUCCUGUUCCGUCGGCCUCCAGAACCGCAACAUCGUCCCCGAGAUCACCGAUAACUUCUUCUGUCUGUGGGAGCACUGUGAGACGAGCAUGGAGAACCCAGAGUGGUUCUACAGGCACGUGGAGAUGCAUGGUCUGUGUCUGGAGCCAGAUGAAGAGAACGUGCUGCACUGUGGCUGGAAAGACUGUGAGGCGGCCUUUAAAGGCAGGUUUAAGCUGAGGGAGCACCUUCGCAGUCACACGCAGGAGAAAGUGGUGGCGUGUCCGGCCUGCGGCGGCAUGUUCGCCAACAACACCAAGUUCUUCGACCACAUCCGACGCCAGACCACCAUGGAAGGUCAGAGGUUCCAGUGUUCGCACUGUUUUAAGCGCUUUGCGACAGAAAGAUUAUUGAGGGACCACAUGAGAAACCACGUAAACCAUUAUAAAUGUCCCCUGUGUGACAUGACCUGUCCCUCACCGUCCUCCCUGAGAAACCACAUCAAAUUUCGCCAUAGCAACGAGAAGCCCUACAGCUGUGACUACUGUGAUUACAGUUGUAAGAAUCAGAUAGACCUGCGGAAACAUCUGGACACACACAGCAGUGAGCCAGCCUACCGCUGUGACUACUCCAACUGUGACUACACCACCCGCUCUCUGCACUCCAUGAAAUCUCACUACAAACGCAUCCACGAGGGAGACUACACGCCUCGUUAUAAAUGUCACGUGUGUGAGCAGUGUUUUACUCGCGGAAACAACCUGACCUCUCACCUGCGUAAGAAACACCAGUUUAAAUGGCCCUCAGGACAUCCCAGGUUCAGGUAUAAGGAACAUGAGGAUGGCUUUAUGCGCCUGCAGCUGAUCCGAUAUGAGAGCGUGGAGCUGACGGAGCAGUUGAUGAGGGAGCGACAGGGAGAGGGAGACAGCUCCGAGGCUGCUGUCCAAUCCGAAGGCCUGCAGCCCGUGGAGGAGGCGGAGUCAGCCGGCGCGGGCGACUACAUGGGGCGGAGCAGCGUGACGGAAAGGAUCGAGGGAGAGAGGGACUGCGUAGCAGAGGAGGGAGCAGUGACAGAUGAACAGGGGGAGAAUGUUCUCUUGGUUCUGACAGCUGGGCCCGCCCCGGAGGCGGAGUCAAAGAGGGAGGAUGCCGUGAUGCGGCAGCUACAGGACACCGCCCAGCAGCUGGGCAUGGAGGUAGUCUAGCCCUGCCUCCUCUGACUAGAGCUCCGCCCCUUUUUUGCCACUGACUGUUAAAGGCAGAGGAGGGAAUAAACUCAAUGACAGAGACUCAAAGAGAAAACACUGAAUCUGAACUCAUCAGUCUGAAGGCAUGUUACUGCCUCUCCUCCUCUACCUACUGGUUCUCACA